UGAACUUUAACACAAGACUUUGUCUCUUCACAUCUUUCCCAUAUUUCGGCUUCAUAUAUCAAUUUUUAUUGUGUGCUUUUCAUAAACAAAAUGGAGACGACGAAAUCGCAACUAACAUUAGCCACACAGCAAGAAAAAAUUUCACAUUACACAUACUUAAAAGAAUUUCGAGUGGAACAGUGUCAGUCGUUUCUACAGCACAAAUGCAAUCAGCAUCGUCCGUUUAUUUGCUUCAAUUGGCAUUUUCAAAAUCAACGUCGGCGUCGUCCUUUAAGAAAACGCGAUGGAACAUUUAAUUAUAGCGCUGAUAAUUAUUGUACAAAAUAUGAUGAAACUACCGGGAUUUGUCCAGAUGGUGAUGAUUGCCCUUUCUUACAUCGUACAGCUGGCGAUACAGAACGGCGUUAUCAUUUACGAUACUACAAAACUUGCAUGUGUGUGCAUGAUACAGAUAGUCGAGGCUAUUGUGUAAAAAAUGGACAUCAUUGUGCAUUUGCUCACGGUUUAACGGAUCAACGUCCGCCAGUAUACGAUAUUAAAGAAUUGGAAGCAUUACAGAGCUCAGAAAACACAUUGGAUGGCACAACGUCACAGAAUGCACUCGAUAAAGAGCGUAAUCUAAUGAAUGAAGAUCCUAAAUGGCAAGAUUCUAAUUAUGUUUUAGCUAAUUACAAAACAGAACCAUGCAAGCGCCCACCACGCUUGUGUCGACAAGGAUAUGCUUGUCCACAAUAUCACAAUAGUAAAGAUAAGCGGCGUAGUCCAAGAAAAUUUAAAUAUAGAUCAACACCUUGUCCAAAUGUGAAGCAUGGUGAAGAAUGGGGUGAACCUGGUAAUUGUGAAGCAGGUGACAAUUGUCAAUACUGUCACACACGCACCGAACAGCAAUUUCAUCCUGAAAUUUAUAAGUCGACUAAAUGCAAUGAUGUGCAACAGGCAGGUUAUUGUCCACGUAGCGUGUUUUGCGCUUUUGCACAUGUGGAACCAUAUAUAAUAACUGAAGAAAAACCACGUGAACUUGAUGGAUUAACAACAAAUAUUGCUUUGAGCGAGUUAAUAUCAAGUGCACUACCUCCUGAUAUCAAAUCAAAGGAAACAAACAACAAACCGCCUGGAUUAAUGGCAAUUGGUGAUAAUUUGUUGGGUAUUGAUAGUAAUGAUACGAAUAACAUUUUAGUAAAUGCAUUGGAAAAAUCAACAAAUCAAAGCAAAUUUAUUAAUUUUUCUUUACCUUUGGAUAAACUUUCCUGUACCAUUGAUGAUCCUCGUGAAAAUUCACUCUCAGCCAGUUUAGCAAAUUCAAGUUUAAUGUCAAGAUCUUCAGCGCCAAUUAACAUUCCUAAUUCAUCAUUAAAUAACUCAUUGAAUGAUUUCAAUUCUGGUGGUUUUGCUGUUAACAUUCCUAGCAGUUCACUCAAUUAUAGUCCAACAAAUCAUACAAAUUUAUUUAGCGUUUCUGAUGCAUUCAACUAUAGUAGCUCGAAUUCGAAUAAACUCAGCAAUUCACUUACAGCAACACAAAAUGAUAGUAAUAGUUUAUUUUUCCCUUCUCGUAUAAUAUCACCAGGCUUUACCGAUGGGCUCUCCUUAAGUCCUGCAGUUAGAAUAAGUGAAUUGAGUUCAAUACGUGAUGAGUUGACAAGCAGCUCAGUAGGAAAUAGUUUAUUUGAAAACAGUUUGAAUGCAACAAAAAAUGCAUUUUCUUUACAAUCACUACAAAAUCAAAAUAAUUCGGAUGUUGGACGUUUCAGCGCUGAAAUAAUGUCAAAAAAUGCACAAAUUAUAAAACUAUCGAAUCGUAUUGAUGAUAUUACUAGAAAAAUUAAUUUAGUUGAAUUACAACGUGACAAAGCUAAACAGGAGGCUCUAGAAUGGAAGGAACGUUAUGACAUAGCCCAAACGCAAUUAAAUCUAUCAACAGAAUUACGUAAUUUAUCUAUACAAAAAUUAAAGCAAUUACAGUCGAAAUUACGAGGCGAUUUAGAGGAUGUUGAAAAAGUAUUAUAUUUAGAAAAUGCGAAGAAAUGCAUGAAGUGCGAGGAAAAUAAUCGCACUGUGACACUUGAUCCAUGCAAUCAUUUCUUGCUUUGCGAUAGCUGCGCCUGUUCCGUGACAGAAUGUCCUUACUGUCAAGUUCCAGUUGUAACAACGCACACUUAAAUGAGUUUUGUAAGGUAAACUACAAAAAAUAGCAAAACAAAAAAAAA